UUUAAAUGCUCCAUUAAUUAUGAUAAUAAGGAGGGAAGUGUGGGGAGGGAUAGGUUGAAAGGGAGGGGAUCUUGGUCAUCGAAUGAAGCCUAAAAUCCUCUCUUGGAAUGUAAAGGGGAUUAAUGAUGUCAACAAGCGUCUCCGUAUUAGAUCCCUCCUCUGUAGCUGGAAAAUUGAUAUUGUAUGUCUUCAAGAAACUAAGUUGAGUUUUAUUGAUAGAAACAUCAUUUGUAGUUUGUGGGAUUAUGCUUUUGUGGGUUGGAGUUAUCUUGCUUCGUUGGGUGCUUCAGGAGGUGUGUUGUUGAUGUGGGAUAAGUGGGUGGUGGAGUUAGUAGAAUAUUGCAUUGGGAAUUAUUUUGUGGCUGGUUCUUUUAAAACCAUUGAGGAUGGGUGGCGAUGGGCUUUUGCGGGUGUGUAUGGGCUUAAUGUGGAUAAGGAGAGAAGGCUUUUGUGGGAGGAGUUGGCGGGUUUGUUUCAUUUGUGGGAUGUGCCUUGGUGUUUGUGUGGGGACUUUAAUAUUGUUUGGUUUCCCAGUGAGAGGACGGAUGCAACUACUUUAUCUGUGGCUAUGGAAGAGUUUUCGCAGCUGAUUUUUUAUAUGAAUCUUGUGGAUCUUCCAUUGGCAGGGGGUUUAUACUUGGUGUAACAGUAGAGGGGGGUCAAGGUUGGAUAGAUUUCUAGUCUCUCCUUCUUGGGAGACUCACUAUCCGGAUUUAUGUCAGAAGAGGUUGCACCAUGUUUGUUCUGAUCAUAUUCCCAUUUUGCUUGAUUGUGGUGGCUUACUUGGAGGUA